AUGACAAUCCAUCAUGAAAAUUGCCUACCUACAUUAAUCUUGAAGAAUAGGGCAAUAAACGAUCUCAUUUUAGAUCGAAAAUUAUUGAAUAUCCCAGGCCUUGAUGACGAAGAGAAUAAAACUUCAUCUAGACAUUCUUCUCCUAUUACCAUCUCGUCCAGUAAAUCGAAUACACCAGAAGGAGCAUUGGGAAAUUCACCAGCUAUCCCAAACUCGACUAGAUCUACUAUGUCUGAUGUCAAUGCCAGAGCUUCACCAACUCCUUUGACAUCCAGCAAAUCGAACAAUACGGAAAUUACGGCUAAAAAAAAGAAAGAGAUAAAUAAGGAAAAAAAGCAAGCGCUACAAGAUUGGAUUCCAGUGGCUUCGCCUUUACAUCAGGCUUUAUCAUCGAAUUAUUGGUCACGGUAUGAGGAAUUCCAUAAGUUGUUUAGUGAUCUUCCAGAUACUGAGAAAUUACUAACAGAUCACUCUUGUGCCGUUCAGAGAGAUAUUUUACUUCAUGGACGCCUUUAUGCGUCACAGAAUUGGUUUUGCUUUUAUGCUAACAUUUUCGGCUGGGAGACUUGUUAUUUUUUUACGUCGUUUUCAUCACGUGAAACCGCCUAUAUGAAAAUUUUUCGUAUCUGGCAAAAUGCACUUAUGCAAGAAGAUGGGUUGAAUGCGGUUGAUUUAUUGUGUCAGUUAAGAAGUCUAGAUAAAACAGUGGAUGUUGACAAAGAUCAAGACAAUAAACACAUGACUAAGUCGAGGUCUGCUGAGACGUUAUCUGUUGAUAAAGACGAUACUCCUGAUGCGAACGAAAAUGCCUACCUAUCAGCUACCAAUAAAGAGCAAGAAGAGCAAUCAUUGUAUUCUGCGGGUCAAACGGAUGCAAGCAGUGACUAUUCUGAAGCUGAAUCUACGGAUCAAAUUGAUGUUGAUAUGUGCGAUCCCGGUGAAGUUAUAUAUGAAGAUCCCGAUACAUUACCCAAAACAUUUAUCGAUGAGGUUUAUCCAGUCAAUGUGGAUACUUUAUUUAAAACAAUCUUUACCGGAUCUGAAACAUAUUAUAAAUUUAUAAAUGAAAGAAAGACUUUCGAUUUUGUCGAUGAUGUAUGGCAUGAGCAAGAUGAUGGUACAAAAGUUAGGAGUGUAAAGUACACGAUAACUUUAAAUCAUUCAAUAGGCCCGAAAACGUCCGUAACAAAUGAAUUACAGAAAUUGUCGGAGCUUAGCAGAAAGGGACAUAUUUAUAUCGUAGAUUGUGAAGUCUAUAAUUCGCCCUCAAUACCUUAUGGUGAAAGCUUUUACACGCAAGAACGUUUCAUAGUCACACGUAUAUCUCACAACAAAUGUCGUCUAAGGGUGUCUGGCGGUAUAAAGUACAAGAAAUCAGUGUGGACGAUUGUCAAAUCUUUAAUUGACAAGAACGUUUAUGAAGGAUUAGAUGCUACACUGAAGGUUCUCCAUAAACAUGUUGAAAACGACAUAGAUAAUGGCUCUGUUGUUACACGAAAUAGAAGAAAGUUAAAAAACAACAUCAAGCAUUUAGCCAAAGAAGUUCCUGAAAUUUGCGAUAAUAAAACCUCGAACGACAGUGACACUACAGCACCAACUACGGAUUCUUUUACAGGCAUGGUAGCAAUACCUAUUGCAUAUAAAAAACAUUUAUGUAGUAUCUUAUUUGGUGUUAUGACGAAUCAACUAUUAUUAAAUAUCAGCUUGCAUAAUGACGACGGAAAAUGUCAAGUUCCUACAACUCAAGAAGAAUGGAUGAACCUACUAAAUCAACAAAAAAUCAUAAGAAAUAAGGAAAAAGCAGAAUUUCUAAAACGAAUACAGCAUGUGGAAGAGUCUAUAGAAAAGACGAUGGAAUAUCUUAAGCAGCUAAAAGAUGAUAUCCUUUGUGACUAUGCGGAAACUGUCGAAGCUUUCCGUGUAGUUAAUAACGAGAUAAAAAUUGUCUUUCGGAUGUCUACUAAAAAUGUACCCAUAUCUGAUCUUUACAGAAUGCUGAUCAAAGCACUAGGAAAGUUAUUGUACGAAAUCACACCUAAAUGGUUAUCGUUUACCUUCGUUGGUACCGUCAUCAUUAUUGGUAUUAUUAAUAAAAUUUAUCAUUCUUGUCCUGAGAAUAAUAAUAAAUUAAAAUUAUUAAUCCUUAGUUUGUGGAAGGACAUUGAAGGAAGUACUUUACAUCAGAAUAGCGUUAGAAUAAAGUUGAUCUUUCAAGCAAUGGUGACUUUUAAUUAA